AUGGAGGCGCUAAACAAUGCGGUUCAUAAAGAUUAUUUUAAGCUGUUGUUGCGUAUUCGCAGUCACUUUUCAAAUGGAAGCAGCAUUCACACUUCAGAAAUCAAAAGGCGCCUCAUCAAUCAUACGAUGGAAUUGAUUGAUAAAGGUUUUAAGAAUAAUAUGAACCCAGUGAUAAUAACUUCUGACCUAGUUGAUGACCAAGUUGUAAAUGGAAAUAUCGAUAAUGUAAAUCCGCUGAUUGUAGUGAAUAGUGAUUUCAUUGGUGCAAAAAUUAAAGGGUAUCAUCCCAGCUAUCCUAUGUAUAUCCUCAAAUUUGAAUCUGACGAGAAGCUGAUAAAAGCUAGUUGGGUUCUUAAGUUUCUCGGAAGGUUCGAAAUAUUGGUAUCAUACUACUUGUGUUAUGAUAACGAUAAAGAUUCAACCAUAGUCUACACUCUGAACCCUUACUCACAAUAUGCUCCACGACCAUGGAAACAAGUUAAAUUAGCAGAUAGCAAUAGAAAAACAAAUUCGACACUACUCAGUUUGCAGUAUCCGAAAGAUGUAAAGAAAAGCCACAAAAAUGUUUAUUUUGAUAAAAAUAAAUACUUAAAUGGUCAUACAAUAAAAUUAUUGGAUUCUCUAAACAUACAAAAUUCAACCCAACAGGAUGAACAGAAUGAAAUUGAUAAGUAUAUGAAACUCAUUAAACAGUUUAAAGACGUCAAAUUGACUUCACUACCUGAUUAUAUCAAAGUAAAUACGUCAAUUCAUGUUAUUGAGAACGAUCUUAGUUCAUUAAUAAUAAAAAUGGGUUUCGAUAAUAGGCUUUCUACUUCUCAGUAUGAUGCGCAUAACCAAAUGACUCAAUUGGCUGAUAUAAAUUAUAAUUUUAAUGACUUUGUGACGCAGUACCAGGAAUUACACUUUUCAAUUAUCACGAAAAAGACUGAUCAUUUGACGGCAAUUACUGAAAUUGACGUGAAUCUUAAUUUUAUCGUCAUCACAAUCUUGGUGUUGUUGCUCAUUGCAGUGUUGAUAAUAUUAUCAAAGGAGAGUAUUUUCAAAAAAUACUUCGUGUUUUGGACAAAGAAGAACUGGGCUCUGAAGGACAAAAUUGACAAAGCUCGUUCAAUUCCGGUGGAAACAGGAUUAAUCAACCAUUUCAUUGAGGAGAAAAUUAAGAAAGAUCGGAAAAUGAUAAAGAAGAUGGCGAAAAUCAAGGAAGCUGAAAACUAUGAACGAGUUGACUUUGAAAAUUUGAUGUUUUAUUUCAUUGUGUUUGCGGCAAUUUUACUGUGGAGUUUGGUCAUUUUUGGAAUUGAACUUCUUGUUCACUACAAUAACUCAAAAUAUUUGAGACGGCAAGCGGCGCAACGAAAGUUCAUAGGGAGAUUAAGAGCAAGUCCAUGA